AUGAGUUUGGCACAAAAGAUUGUAGUGUUUGGAGGAAAUGGGUUUCUAGGCAGGCGUAUUUGUCAGGCCUCAAUUCGUAAAGGCUUCAAUGUCACAUCAGUGUCGAUGUCGGGUAAAGAACCCAAAUUGGUUACACCUUCGGAUUCUGAGUGGAUAAAAAAGGUCAAUUGGACAAAAGGUGACGUGUUUAAACCGGAGACGUACAGAAAUGAAAUCAAAGAUGCUGUUGGAGUGGUUCACAGUAUAGGUAUUUUACUAGAGAACCAGAAUUACAAGAAAGUGGUGAGCUCUACAGAUGAUACAUUUGGAGUGAUUGAGAGCUUUUUCACGCAGCCAAGUGGAAAUCCAAUGAAAAAAAGGCCAAAAACAGGGGCUAAGGAUGAUGAUAAUGGAGAACCCAUCAUUGACAUGACAUAUGAGCGAAUGAAUAAAGAAAGCGCUUUAGUUUUGGCAGAUGCAUUGAUCGGUUGCAACAAGACCAAACCUGCCUUUGUUUAUAUUUCGGCAGAUAGGGGAUUUCCAGGAAUUCCCUCAGGAUAUAUCGAGUCCAAAAGACAAGCAGAGUACGAGUUGUACCAGCUUCAACCGGAUAUUAGACCCAUUCUAAUGAGACCAGGAUUUAUGUUUGACCAGGAUGCGGAGAACAAUGGCAACUUUCGCCAAUCGAUAAAAAAGUUGCUCGAUGUGGCUAAUGUAGUCAACAGUAAAGUGCUAUUCAACCUGCUUGACGGCAUUAUUCGGCCGGCAGUUUCUACACAGACAGUGGCAGAUUGGGCUGUGCGCAUGAUGCAAGACAAAGAUUUCCAUGGGCCCGUUUUGAUGGACCAGAUGCUGCAAGUGAAAUCCUACUAUACGAUCUCUGAGGAGGAUCCUCUAGCUGACAGACCAUACACUCCGAUUACUGGACGAUCUAGACUUAGGACUCCGAAUGCUAGCUUCUUUCACAGCGACACCAAUUUGAACAAUGCUAGACGAUCAUCAGUAAGCGUGAGUAAUCCUGCUACUCCUUUACCGGAGUACAAACACCGACUCAGUAUGUUUGUUGAUCCUAAAGUAAAUCCGACCAAACUCUACGAGAGGGUCCAUUCAUUGGUGUCGAUGAGACCUUAUCGGUUGAUAGGCGGCGCAAGGAGGUUCAUAGAUUGGUCUAAGUAUCUAAGCAGCGAAGAGAAGUUGCGCAGGGUUCCCAAGGGACCCGUCCAUCAUUUCUACACCGAGCAGAAUGAACUCAUCGAAAGAUAUAUUGAUGUCGAUAAACUUCUCGAUACCGGAAUUCACUAUGAGAUGAUCCAGAAUUACGAAGAUAAUACAUCUUCUGAAAACAGUGAGAGUGAAAAUGACGAGGAUGAUCGCGAUGGAGAUCAUACCGAAACACAGGGUGACGUUGAAGACUACGACGACGACGACCACCACCACCAUAGCAUGCAGUCCGCAACUGCUCCCUUCCCAUCUGGCGAACACCACGCAUCAAAUAAUGCUGUCCCCGCAAACAUUGACUCGGAAACAGCCAGAGUUCUUGGCGUAUCAGAAAAAUCCGAUAACUCUAUCGUCCUUACUGCCAUCUACAUCAACUUUGCUAUCAAUAUUCUUCUUCUACUUGCCAAAAUGGUUGUUGUUUAUACCUCCAGAUCCAUGUCCAUUAUUGCUUCGUUGGUGGAUUCUGUGUUGGAUUUCAUGUCCACUUUGAUCAUCUACUUUGCGAAUAAAUAUGCUGCAAUCAAGUCAUCUCGGUUCCCUAUUGGUAGAAGACGGUUGGAGCCAAUUGGUGUUCUUGUAUUCUCUAUCGUUAUUAUCAUCUCAUUUCUGCAGGUGCUUAUCUCCUCGGUAGAGAGACUUUUCGAUAGAGAUCACACCAUAGUGACUCUCUCUGCGUCCUCUAUUACCAUCAUGCUUUCUACGGUACUUGUCAAGUUCCUUUGCUACCUUUGGUGCUCCAGUAUCGAGAAUUCCUCCGUAGAAGCCUUGGCAGAAGAUGCCAAGACAGAUGUUGUGUUCAACACUUUCUCACUAGUAUUUCCACUUAUAGAAUGGGCUUUUCAGAUUUGGUGGGUAGACGCUACAGGUGCUUCCCUCCUCUGUCUCUACGUCAUCUUCCAGUGGGGAAUGAUCACUUUCGAGCAUAUCGACCACCUAAGUGGAUCCCACGCCUCCAUGGAGGACUACCACGAAAUCCUCUAUUUAGUGACACGAUUCAGCGAUAAAAUCAGUGCUGUGAAAAACUACAGAAUCUAUCAUCAGGGCGAUCUUGUCAAUGUGGAAGUCGAUAUUGUCAUCUCCGAUAGAAACCUCAAUCUGAGGGACUGCCACGAUUUAGGGGAGUCGCUACAAUAUGCCAUAGAGACGUUGCCCUUUGUGGAAAGAGCAUUUGUUCACUUGGAUUAUAAGGUAAGAAAUUACGUAGGACAUAUCGACAAAUGA